CAGGCUUAUUUGUCAUUUCAUUUUUUCAAGCUUGUCCCCAUGAAUUGAAAUGUUUUUUAAAAAUGUUUUCGCAAUAAAGUAAAUAAAAAAUAAUGUAUUGGGAAAAAACAGAAAUCGUUAAAUAUUUUGCAGCUACUCCACAUUGAGAGGCGUACUUAAAAUGUUGCGGAGUGUAAUUUUAGUGUUCGUAACAAUAGUAAAUGUAGCACUUAGUUUUUCCGACGUCGGAAAUUGGAUUUUACCUCUCAACGGGGAAAAUUGCAAUUUCACAUUAGCCAAGUCAUUAUUUAAAGAUUCACAAUUAGUAAUAGCAUUGGGUUGUGAUGUGACAGUACCUACAAACAUCACAAUUGUGAAUACAUGGACACAAACUUUAUGCUCACCUGACUACUUCCACUAUUUUGAAAAGCGAAUAGUGACCUGCACAAAUUCACUAGACAGUACAGCGACAGCGUACGACAGUAACGACAGCAUUGUGCUGAAUGUAGAGACAUACUUGUGCACCGGCAAAGAUGUUAUAUAUUUACGCAACAACAAGGAUAAAACACCCAAAGACAAAAAGGACUCUGAUGAUGUACAUCCACGAGCGCCACUUCUCACGGUGGAGAAGGAAGGGAUUUACGCAUUAUGGAUGUCGGCGCGAAGUGAUAAGAAGUUCCAGGCCACGCUUCACGUGGAAAUGUUCGCGCCUUCCGGGUACCUGUCUGCAGCUAUAUGGCCCCUGUUGCCCUUCUUUGGAGUGAUGUGCGGAGUGUACACCGUGCUUUGCGCGGCGUGGCUGGCGGUGUGCGCGUCGCAGUGGCGCGACCUGCUGCGGAUUCAGUACUGGAUCGGCGGCGUGGCGCUCCUCGGCAUGGUCGAGAGCGCCACCUACUAUGGCGUUUACUCCGCUAUCAAUAAGACUGGAUACUUCAACUCUGAAGUGUACAUGUUCGCUGAAUGGGUGUCGGUGGCAAAGAGAGCACUCUCAAGGAUGCUAGUCAUUAUCGUCUCACUCGGAUUUGGGAUCGUCAAGCCUCGACUAGGCCCAGCCCUACAACGAGUAGUAGGCACAGGCCUCCUUUGGGGCCUCCUCGCGGCAAUCGAGGCCUGGCUAAGGCUUCACCACAAGGCAGAGGACUCAAAUAGAGACUUGUUGCUAUCGGAGGCGCCACUAUCGCUGCUGGACAGCGCUAUCUGUUGGUGGGUGUUCGUCUCUCUCGCACACACCAUGAGGACGCUACAACUGAGAAGGAACUCAAUAAAGCUGUCUUUGUACCGCCACUUCACCAACACGCUGAUAUUUGCGGUCAUCGCUUCUCUGAUCUUUAUGCUCUACUCGCUCAAGUCUUAUCGAAUAUUAUUUUGUAUCUCGGAUUGGAAGGAGGUGUGGGUGGAUGAAGCGUACUGGCACAUUCUGUUCGCGGCCGUCCUCGGCGUCAUCAUGGUGCUAUGGCGGCCCACCAACAACAACCAGCGCUACGCCUUCACGCCGCUACUCGACAACGCAGAGGAUGAUGACGAGGAAGAGGAACAAUUCGUAAACGACGCAUACGGUGUCAAAAUGAGGUCCACAAACAUCAACGAAAGCCCCGAGUCACAACGGGACCCCGAGCCCAACCCCAACUCCUUAGACUCAGACCUCCGCUGGGUCGAAGAAAACAUCCCCACCAGCUCACUCCCACUGUUGGACUCAGACGAGGAAAUCAUCAACACAAAGUUCGAAGUGUCCAAAAUGCAGUAAAGUUAUAAUUAGUAUUGUUUAUAAAAUGUCACUGUGAUUAUGUGUUUUUAUUUAAUAAAAAUAAUUUUUCGUACGCUUACAA